AUGCGUGCACUUAUUAUCAUCAACUUUCAACUUGACCACAAGAAGAAGCUCAAAGAGAGCUCCAAGUUCAGGCAUUUCACUGAUUUGUACAGGCUUAUUCGCGUGGAAACACUUCCUGAAGAAGCUGUAGGCGGUUUCGUGCACAUAGACAAGAUGCAUAAUGCAGAUAAGCUAUACAACAGGGGAGUGAAGUUCGAGGCUGUAGAAGAAGAGUUUUCUGUUUGGGUGAAAUUCGACGUUAAAACUGGCUGUUUGAAGAUACCUUGUUUCUGGGCUGAUGACGACAUGGAGAUAGAACUUAGAAACAUAAUGGCGUUUGAGCAAUCGUAUUAUCCGUACAAUGCCUAUGUUUGUGACUAUGUCACAAAAAUCAAGGAAGACGAAGAUAUGAUCAGGGCAAGCUACUCAGAAUCAACGGCCUGGAUUGACUCUCCAGACUUUGUGGAGAUGAUACUGCAUGACUCUAUUUUCAUAAUAGAGCUCAUGUUAAGGUUUAACUUAAAAGGACCAGAGAGAAUAGGGGAUCCUCUGAUGGACGAGCCUUGUCUUGAAAACACUAUCAAGAGAGAUCUUAUUCUGCUCGAAAACCAACUUCCUUACUUCAUCCUUGAAAAACUCUUUGAUCCAAUCAUCAAAAUACUGGACCCGAGCAUGACAAUGCGUGCACUUAUUAUCAUCAACUUUCAACUUGACCACAAGAAGAAGCUCAAAGAGAGCUCCAAGUUCAGGCAUUUCACUGAUUUGUACAGGCUUAUUCGCGUGGAAACACUUCCUGAAGAAGCUGUAGGCGGUUUCGUGCACAUAGACAAGAUGCAUAAUGCAGAUAAGCUAUACAACAGGGGAGUGAAGUUCGAGGCUGUAGAAGAAGAGUUUUCUGUUUGGGUGAAAUUCGACGUUAAAACUGGCUGUUUGAAGAUACCUUGUUUCUGGGCUGAUGACGACAUGGAGAUAGAACUUAGAAACAUAAUGGCGUUUGAGCAAUCGUAUUAUCCGUACAAUGCCUAUGUUUGUGACUAUGUCACGUUCUUGGAUUACCUGGUCGACUCGGAGAAAGACGUAGACCUGCUCGUCGAGAAAGGGAUCAUAAAGAAUUGGCUUGGGCACCAUGGUGCAGUCUCUACGAUGGUGAACAAGUUCGGUUUGGGAGUCAUGGAUCUUGGCUCUUCUUAUGGUGAAAUCGCAAAAAAUGUCAUCGAAUACUACGAUAACAGUUAUAACAAGUCACGCUCCAUCCUCAAGCGCGUGUAUUUCAGCAAUCUGUGGAGAGGGACAGCAACCAUAGCUGCUGCGUGUAUAUUGAUUCUGGCUCUUAUCCAAACCGUGAAUUCGAUCAUUGAUAUCAUUAAGAAGUGAACCUACUUAUCACUAAAACGCACUUUGUCGAGCUCACCUCCAAUUUUAUGUCAUCCUCCUUGUUCAUAGGGUUUAGUUAGUAAUCAACUAGCAACAUCUGUUGUAUAUCUUCUAUAAAAAUAACUCUUGCCUAUCUAUCUUUUUUUUAUUUCCAAAAAGUAUUGUGAUGUUUCUUUGUGACUUGUAGAUUUUUCUAUUCCGAAUGGUGAUUGUUCCAAG